GACAAGUGUGCCCGAGUUCAGCCGAGAGAGUUUAAGCAGUUUGUUUUUUCAUUCUAACACUGGACUAUCACUUGGCACCAUUUUUACGCACAAUUAUAGCAUGUGUUUUAUUUUGAAGCGCAUGAGUGAAUGAGUGCAUACAGUAUCGUUUGAGUUUACGGAGACAGGAGCAGAACUUUGCCUGGAGUCUUCACUGGUCCGGCGCCGACUAAUCACGUCCGACUUCAAGUUACGCACGGCCACGGAGCGCUGUCACUUACGUCCAAACCCGGAUCACUUGGAUUUUUUACAACUCAGCAUCUUUGACAACACUGGAGACUUGUGUUGAACUUUGCUGAAUUCACUGAUUAUUCCACCGCGUUGUGCGUCUGCUUGGAGGGAGAGCGCGCGAAAUGAAAGUGAGAUUGCUGAUCGGGACUGCGGUGGCGCUCUUUCUCUUCCUCACACCUGCGCAGAGUCUACCCUUGGUGAGCAUUAACACCACACACCAAGUGCUGAUGUUCGAGGAGGUGUGGGGGCGGAGCUUCUGUCGGACCAUAGAGAAGCUGGUGGAGGUGGUGCAGGAGUACCCUUCAGAGGUGGAGUACAUCUACAGCCCAGCCUGUGUGCCUCUGGUCAGGUGCUCUGGCUGCUGUGGAGAUGAGAACCUGGAGUGCUACCCCACCCACACCACCAAUGUCACAAUGCAGCUAUUGAAAAUAAGGCCAUCCGAACCAGGUCAAGAAUAUGUUGAGAUGAUGUUUGUGGAGCAUCAGACAUGUGAAUGUAGAGCGAGGCAGCCGGAGGGGAAAGGACAAAAGAAAAGGCAACGAGGAAAAGGACGGAAGAGAAAAGAAAAGCAGAAAAACAAGGAAUGUGAGAGCUGUCAGGUCCCGCGAAGGUAACUGCAGUGCCAGGCAUGACCCCCCGUGGGUGCAGACCUCCAGCCCGGUGACUGAUGAAAGGGUGUCUUGUGCCAGGGCUCAGUGGGGCUCCGAUCAAGGGCCCUCCUGCUGCGGGUCGGCCUCUGUUAUGUUCUGGGGCUGGGACGGUGGAGCACAGCGUAAUGUACCUGAAAUGAUGGACUUCUAUGGGAGCCAGUGCAAUUCUGAACCAAAAGGACUGAAACCUUCUUUUUUAUAUUAGUCAUUUAUUGUAAAUUGUUGUUUUUUAUUUAAAGGCCUGUUAACUAUCUGUAUUUAUUGAAGGAUGUAAAUAUGUGGACCAGUAAGCAUCAGUUUAUUUUUUUUGUGUGCCCAAGACAAAUGAUGACCGACUUGUACUGUCAUACAAAAACAGCCCACUGUUCUUAAGUUGGUUAAUGUCUCCCUCUAGUGUUGGAUAUGUUUCCAGUGUGAUGGAACAGUAAUGAGUUAUUAAUGCAAAAUUAAACCAAAAAUGAAUGACGAAUAACUUACGCUUACAGUAUAGCCUAAUUUUAAUGGUUUUGUGUUUAGUCUUAUUAUAUCCUAAGCACAACCACAUCACUGUAAAAGGUGAUGUGAACGAGUCAUUUUCUGGUCCUUUCUGGUUAAUUGUUAGGCAUUUACCAUAAUGUAAAAUGUGCGUUGAACGAACAAUACUUUUAAAGUGUAAAUUAGAUACGUUAU